AUGAUAGGCUGCUGAAUUAAUAUACAAAUUCAAAAAGAAACAGCUGACGCAUUGUGAAGAAUUGGAUUUUUUAAAUUAUAUAUUUUCGCUUUCUUUUUGUACAAGUUAAUCUCAUUAUAACCACAUAACCAAACACACAAAAUGGAUGAAGGCGACGACUACGUUCCACAAAUGUCCCAAAUGGCAGAUUACACAAUGAUGGGCGGCCCGCCACCACAACAAUCUCAACAAUCUCAGCAGGGCGUUCCUCAACGGUAUCCAGGUCAACCGAUGAAUCCAUAUGAACAACAACAACAGCAUCAUCAAAUGAUGAUGAUGCAGCAACAACAUCAAAUGCAGCACAUGGCUCCACCACCACAACAAGUACCACCACAGCCAGCUCAGCCACCACCUGCAAAAAAGGCACGUGGAAAAUCAAAAAAGGCUCAGGCAGAAGCGGCGGCGGCUGCAGCGGCGGCAGCAGCUGCACAGAUGGAUCCGAUGGCGUCGAUGGCGGCAAUGUCGAAUAAUCCAAUGAUGAGACAGGGUGGAUAUCCGAACCAAAUGGCGAUGUACGGCGGCGUUCCACCACCACACUAUCCAUCAUCCAAUGGUCCAUCACAACAAGGGUACCGGCCAGGACCCGUAACAAAUGGACCACCACCGCAAGGACAAUAUCCACCACCGCCACAAGCACCUCAGAACUAUCAACAAAUGUACCAUCAACAACGAGCUCAACAACAACAAGCCGGCCAACAACAAGCCCAAGGGCCACCCGGAUAUGGUCCAUAUGGUUAUGCACCACAGGCAUCCACUGGAUAUCCACCACCACCCUCCCAACAAUCACCGUAUGCUCCACAAGCGGGACCUCCUCCACAGAUGAGGCAUCAAUAUCCACCACACAGUCAACAACAGGCACCACCAGGAUAUUGGGAUGGUUAUCAGGGUUACGGUGGACCACCACCUUCACAACAGCAGCAACAGCAAGGAGGUGGACCUGUGACGGCGCCUCAAUCAAUGCAAAUGGCACAACAGGAACAAUGGGGAAGAGUUGGAACCAAUGAUUUGAUGAACGUCAUUGCUCAAGUGGAAAAAUCAUCUGCAGAAUGCAAGGCACGAAUUCAACAACUCUACAAUAUGCAACGAAGUGCGUCGGCUGACGCAGAAGUUCAACAGCUGCAACAUAAACUUGCUCAGUUCCAAAGUGAUCAUUAUCGGUACAGCCAACAGCUUCAACACGUGCAGUGGCAACAGCAGCAACAACAACAACAAGCUGCUGCUGCUGCAGCGGCGGCCGCAGCAGCUGCAUCUGCUGGCGGACAUCAUCAAGGACCACCACCACCAACGUCUUCCCAAUCGAAUCAAAUUCCAUCGAAUCCGAACUCAGUGCCAGUUCAUGUGAAUCAACCUGGAAGUCAAGUUCAUAUAACCGCUGAUAAGACGAGGACACUGAUAUCUGUCUACCACGAUGGUUACGGAGGUGCGGGAUCUGGAGCCAGCUCCACUGAAAGCAAGGAAUCUAUUGUGCCGCCUGAGCCAACUCCGUCUAUGCAAGAAUCACCGGUUCCAAAUGCUCCACAGGUUAAGAUGGAACCAGAGAAACCAUCGCCGUAUCAGCAACAGUAUAAUGGAAUGGAGAAUGGUUCUGGAAAUCCGUAUGCUCAGCAACAACAGCAGCAUCCGAUGUAUGCACAGUAUCAACAGCAGCAGCAGCAGCAUGCUCAACAUCAGCAGAACAUGUCUGGAUAUCCUCAACAGCAGCAACAACCUCAACAUCCUCACCAGCAUCAACAGCCUGCUUCGGUCCCAAUGCAACAUCAUCCUCAGCAACAUCCAUCCCAACAUCAAACCCAACCCAACCAACAACAGCAGCAGCACCCAUCCGGAUACGGUAUCGGUGUUAGUACGGCGCCGGCUUCAAUGGAACCAUCACAAUCAGUGGAUCAAUCAGCACCACCGAGUCAAGCCCAAAUUCCGGCAACUUCUACUCCAUCGACAUCAUCUCAACAGCAGAACGCCUACCCGGAGUUUCCUGAUUUUCCAUCGUCGUCAGGAUAUCAAGAGCCUACUGUUGCUCCUGAAGCCAUACCAUCUCCAUCUGUAUCUGAUCCGAUAAUGCCACAGUCUUCUCAAAACGAUCAAGAACUUCAGGCAAUUAGUGAUCAACAGGAAAUUCUAGAGGACGUUCCGAAAGAAGAACCAAUAAUAGAAGAGGAUGAACCAAAGUAUGAGUAUUCUCAAGAAACGAUUCCAGUUGAAGAACUGAAAGAUGAAGUGGAAUUUAAAGAGGAUCAACAAUCAACUUCGAAUCUAUUAGAAGAUGAUACAGGAAUUGAUAAUUUUGUAAAGAAUGAAGAAGGUGCUGAAGCGGGUUAUAGUAAUGGAACUCCUUUGGAUCAAGUUGAGCAGAAUGAUUACGAAAACAUUGAGAAAGAAGAGCCACAAGUGUCAGUAGAUCCCGAGCCCGUGGAAGUUGAAGCUCAACAAGAACCAGCAGAUACUGAGGAAUAUCCUAUCCCAUCUGUUGGAACAAUUGAAGAGCCCGCCGAAGAGCCCGCUGAAGAGCCCGUCGAAGAGCCGGAGCCAAUGGAUGAUAGUUCACCAGUUGACCAAUCUACUCCAGUGAAAGCUGACGAUAUUGAGAACUUUGCAGGAGUUGAAGAGACUUUUGGCGAAGAAGAAGAAGUUCAGGAUGAAGACGAUGAUGAAGCAUCCUCUGCAAAAUCAUCAAAAGACGACAUCAAGGAAGAAGAAGAUGAUGACACAUCAACGAUCACAAAAGAUAUGAGUGAAGCUCCAAGUGAGACGAAUGACGGAUUCACCGAACCUUCAACUCCAGCUACUCCGUUGAUGGGCGCAACAUCAUCAAAGAAAAAGUCAUAUCGAAGGCCUGCUGUAGUAGUUGCAAAGUCACGAAAGAAGAAGAGUGUUGACGAUUCUGAUGAUGAUGAUUUCUAUCCACAACGUGGACGAGGAAAGAAGAAGGGUGGAGGUGGUAAAAAGAAGGCUGAUCCCACUGAUGAAGCAGGUGUAGAAGGAGCAAAAAGUGAUGAUGAAGAUGACGAGUUUCUCAUGAAAAUCGAUACUCCAGCUCCGGAUCCAAAUGCAAUGGUCGUCGAGAAGAUUUUGAAUAUGAGAAUGGGUAAAGUGGAGAAGAAGGUGCCAGAAACAGAGGUUGCAGAAGGAUCAGAAGAGAACGGUGAGGAAAAAUCUGAAGAGAAAGUCAAAAAAGAGCCAAAGGAAAAUGGAGAAAAUGGAGAAAGCGUUGGAAACGGAGAAUCUUCAAAAUCAAAGACUGAAUCUGAAACCAACGAGAUUGAAGAGGAAGAAGUUGAGCAAUUUCUUAUUAAAUGGAAAGGACGAUCAUAUGUUCAUUGUGAAUGGAAAACUGCCGCAGAACUUUUGGAAAUUGAUAAGCGAGUUGAAGCGAAAAUCAAAAGAUUCAAAGUGAAAAAGAUGUCGUCGUAUAUUGAAGAUGAUGAGGAUUUUAAUUCGGAUUUCGUGAUUGUUGACCGAGUUGUUGAUCUCAUUACUGAAGACGAUGGACAAGAAUUUGUGCUUAUUAAAUGGAAAAGUUUGGGUUACGAAGAGGUGACAUGGGAGCCAAUUGAGAUGAUUCCGGCGGAUAAAGUUGAGCUGUGGAGGGAGCGUCAAGUUAUUGAUCCUGCUAAGAUUCGUGAGAAACAACGUCCCGAGCCUGAAGAGUGGAAGAAGAUGAGCACGUCGAAAGUGUGGAAAAAUGGAAAUUCGUUGAGAGAAUAUCAAUUUGAAGGUGUCGAUUGGCUGCUUUAUUGCUAUUACAAUGCCCAAAAUUGCAUUCUCGCCGACGAAAUGGGUCUCGGAAAGACUGUUCAAACCAUCACUUUCCUGUCACGAAUUUAUGAUUAUGGAAUUCAUGGACCUUUCCUGGUUGUUGUUCCACUUUCAACCAUUCAAAAUUGGGUUCGAGAAUUCGAAACUUGGACUGAUAUGAACGCGAUCGUUUAUCACGGAAGUGCAUAUGCAAGAGAAGUUCUUCAGCAAUAUGAAGUAUUCUAUGACAAGAGACAUUGUGGAGCUAAGAAUUGGAAGAAGAACUUUGUGAAGAUUGAUGCAUUGAUUACAACAUUUGAGACUGUUGUUUCUGAUGUUGAAUUCUUGAAGAAAAUUCCAUGGAGAGUAUGUGUAAUUGAUGAGGCUCAUCGUUUGAAGAACCGAAAUUGCAAGCUUCUUGUCAACGGUCUUUUAGCAUUCCGAAUGGAGCAUCGUGUUCUUUUAACAGGAACUCCACUUCAAAAUAACAUUGAUGAACUGUUCUCUUUGUUGAAUUUCCUGCAUCCACAACAAUUUGAUAAUUCUGCAACGUUCCUUGAACAAUUUGGAUCGUGUCAAACUGAUGAUCAAGUUCAGAAGCUUCAAGAGAUUCUGAAACCAAUGAUGUUGAGAAGAUUGAAGGAAGAUGUUGAGAAAUCACUGGGACCAAAAGAGGAAACGAUUAUUGAAGUUCAACUCUCAGAUAUGCAAAAGAAGUUUUAUCGUGCUAUUCUCGAGAGGAAUUUCAGUCAUUUGUGCAAAGGAACUAGUGCUCCUUCUCUAAUGAAUGUUAUGAUGGAGCUCAGAAAAUGCUGUAAUCACCCAUUCCUUAUCAACGGAGCCGAAGAAGCUAUUAUGAACGAUUUCCGGCUUGCUCAUCCAGAUUGGGACGAAGAGACGUUGGCUCACAAGGCUCUUAUUCAAGCAUCGGGAAAAGUUGUGCUCAUUGAGAAGUUGCUGCCAAAGUUGCGAAAGGAUGGUCAUAAAGUGUUGAUUUUCUCUCAAAUGGUCAAAGUUUUGGAUUUAUUGGAGGAAUUUUUGAUCAGCAUGUCUUACCCAUUCGAAAGAAUUGAUGGAAAUGUUCGUGGUGACUUGAGACAAGCUGCUAUCGAUCGUUUCAGUAAAGAAAAUUCUGAUCGUUUUGUGUUCCUCCUGUGCACCCGUGCCGGUGGUCUCGGAAUCAAUCUAACUGCAGCUGACACUGUCAUCAUCUUCGACUCUGACUGGAAUCCUCAGAACGAUCUUCAAGCACAAGCUCGUUGCCAUCGUAUCGGACAGAAGAAACUUGUCAAAGUGUACAGGCUGAUCACUUCCAAUACGUAUGAAAGGGAGAUGUUUGAUAAGGCUUCGUUGAAGUUAGGUCUUGAUAAAGCUGUACUUCAAUCAACAACUGCACUGAAAGCUGAGGGAACUGCGUUGAGCAAAAAAGACGUUGAAGAGCUCUUGAAGAAGGGAGCAUACGGAUCCAUUAUGGAUGAGGAGAAUGAAUCUUCGAAGUUCAAUGAGGAAGAUAUCGAGACUAUUUUGCAACGAAGAACCCAGACAAUCACGUUGGAAGCUGGUCAAAAAGGAUCCCUAUUCGCGAAGGCUACUUUCAAUUCGAGUCAUAAUAAGGGUGAUGACAUAGACAUAGAUGAUCCUGAAUUCUGGACGAAAUGGGCUGAAAAGGCGCAAGUUGAUGUGGAAAAGGCAACUGCAACACCUGAUGGACGUGAACUCAUCAUUGAAGAACCAAGAAAACGUACUAAACGAUUCGAGGAGAACAAGGACGAAGGAGAUUCUGAUGGAAGUGAAGAAUCUGGAAAUCGGAAACGUGGUGCUGCUGAGAAACGGAAGAGACGAAGAGGAAAUGAUGAAGAUGGAGACUAUUCGGGAAGUUAUCGUCCUGAUGAGUUGGCGACAAGUAAGGCUGAAUAUUUCAAAGUUGAGAAGGUCCUCGCACAGUAUGGAUGGGGAAGAUGGGCAGAGAUUAAGAAAUAUGGAGAACUUGAGAUUUCUGAACAAGAUAUUGAGCAUAUGUCGAGAACUUUGCUGCUUCAUUGUAUUCGAGAGUUUCGAGGAGACGAUCGAAUUCGUCAAUUUGUCUUCAACUUGAUCAGACCUCAAGGUAUUCAAGAAAAUCAGAAGCUCGGUGCUGGAUCGAUGUAUAAUCAAGGAUGGGCUGGACUUCCAGAGUUUAAUCCACCGAGUUUUGCUCUGGAUUCAGCAUUCCAACGACACGUGCACAGACAUGCGAAUAAACUGAUGGUCAAGAUUGAUAUGCUGAAACAUCUCGAGAUUCAUUUGAUUGGUGAUGAACGGGCUUUGGUGGAAGAUUUCAAUGUUAAAUGGACUGAUAUCAAGUUACCUGAAAUGCCGACUAUCUCAGAGACUUUCAUUGAAGGAUGGGAUUCUGACUGUGAUAAGUGCUUCUUAAUUGGAUGCUGGAGACAUGGAUUGGAUAAUUUCGAUGCAAUUCGUGUUGAUGAGAAUUUGUGCUUCGCAGAGAAGAAUCUUGCCGUUUGGCCAGGUCAGACAGAUUUCUGGCUUCGUUUCCGACGACUUCUGACCUCAAGUCAAAAGAGUGUUCAUGAUCCAGUUUACAAUAAGUUGAACUGGACGAAACGAGAGGAACAGGAAUUUAUUCGAGUUGUUCGAUCAUAUGGUGUGAAGACGAACAUCGGUGAAGGUGGAAAUGAAGAUUGGACGAUUUUCAAGACAUUGUCACCGAUUCUUGAGAAGAAAACUGAUGAAGAUUGUCACGAGCAAUUGAUGUGUGUCUUGGCAAUGUGCCAACGAGCUCAGGGAUCCAAUGAUCUGAAGCCGAUUGAUUUGAAGCGUGCAAUGUCAAUUGAUCCGAUGCCAACGAGGAAAGCUAUCAAGAUGAUGAAUCGAAUCUCGUUGAUGCGGAAGGUUCAUACGAUGGUUCAGACGUUGUCAGAGUUGAAUCUUGAAUUGUGUGAAACGACUGGAAUGCCAAGCGGAUGGUGUAUGCAGCAUGACAAGGAGCUCAUGGAGAUUUGUGAUCAGUGUGGAUUGGAUCAGUUGGCAGCUAAUGUGCUCAAUAAGCCUGCUUUCACCAAGAUCGUACGUCCAUCAGAAACUACACUUCUUCGACGUCUUCUUGAAAUCGUUGCAACAAUCGAGUCUGGCAAAUGGUGUGGAGUUGCUGACGUGGAAACUGUGAAUGAUAGCGAUUCUGAAGAUAAGAAGGAUAUGGCAGCUGUUGCAGCAGCUCAAGCUCAAUUCCUUCGACUCCAACAACAACAACAGCAACAACAGCAGGCGGCUGCAGUUGCUGCGAGCUCUUCUGCAUCCAGGAAGGCGAGUCGGAAACGACCGAAUAACGAUAAUGAUGCUAAGAUGAGAGCUAUGCAACAAAUGUUGAUGGGUCAAGGUGGAAGUGGAGCAGCGGAGUAUGCUAGCAUGAUUGCUCUGAUGCUGAUGCCUCAAAUGAUGGCUGCCAGUGGAGGGCAGAAUAUGACAGCUGCACAACAACAAGCAUUGAAUCAGAUGCUCACUAUGCUCAUUGCCGGUGCAGUUCAACAACAACAACAGGCUCAGCCGAGCACUUCCAAAGGAGCUUCCAGUAGUCAGUCUUCUGCGCAGGCCAAUCAAGCUGCACAGGCGCAAGCCGCUGCAGUUGCUCUUGCACAAGUCGCUGCAGCUGCUUCUGCAUCAACUUCAUCGGCUGAUGCUCAAGCUGUUGCUCAGCAGCAACAAGUCCUUGAAGCUCUUCUUGCAAUGAGUAUGAACCCUGCAGCACUUGCAGCAUUGACAGGAACAUCGUCUUCCACUGGAACAUCAACUCCAUCCGCUCCAAAGAAGUCGAAACCAGCUCCUCAGAAGGAAUCGACAUCUUCAGCGACAGCGGCAGCUGCUGCAGCUUCUGCACAAGCGGCAGCGCUUGCUGCUGCUCAACAGCAACAACAACAAGCUCAACAGGCUCAGCAAGCAGCUCAGCAGGCUCAAUCUGCGAAGACUCAGGAAGAAUUGCUGAUUCUUCGGCUUCUUGAACUUGCUGGAGUUGGUAUGCAAGAGUUGGCGAAGCUCAAUACAAUGUCAAAGGAUGCACGAGUUCCAAUGAUUCACAAGCAAACAAGAGAAAGUCUUCCAGUAUCGAAACGUCCACCAAUCAGAGAUCUUACCGUAUUCGUCAUGUCGAAUCCAGAAUGGUCUAUCGAUAUUCCGUUGUUCAAUGAAAUGAGUGGAAAUGGAACUGGAUCAGGAGCAGCACCAUCAUCAAAGGCUGCAAGUUCCCGUCCAACACCAGCAGCGACUCCGUUAGCUGUGGCAACUCCCAAACCAUCAACUCCAAAAGUUGAGAAGUCAUCUGCAACACCAUCAGCCCCUGAAACACCAUCCGCAUCAGCCACGUGUAAUAUUAAAAUUGGAGAAUCUCUACAAUUUGAUGACAUGAUCUCAGUAUUCAAUCGUAAGACUGGAGAACUUCUCGCUGCUUCGAAAUGGCCUAAAGCAACUGAACUAUCAGCUUGGCUUGAUGCCAAUCCAGACUACAACGUACACGCGAACAGUGCUCUAUUUGCUCAUUUGUCACUUGGAGGUGCACACAGUGAUCGUAUCGGAGAUGCUACUCCCGCCGUUACUGCGUCUGUACCAUCAACACCUACUCCGUCAACUUCGGCGUCAGCUGCAAAUGCUCAACUUAUGGCUUUGGCUCUUGCACAGCAGGUUCAACAAGCUCAGCAAACACCGUCAACGCCAACUUCCAGCAAAUCUAGAAGUGCAACCGCCGCAGCUCAAGCAGCAGCAGCCCAAGCAGCCGCUUCUCAACAAGAUGCGAUCACAAAGCAACAAUUGGAAAUGCUCCAAAUGCAAAUGAUGCUCCAACAAUAUCAACAAGCUGCUGCACUACAAUCAAUGUUGUACGGGGGUUACGGUAUGCCAACAACUUCAACUGCUGCAUCUUCUUCAUCAACUGCCAACGUGGCAUCAAUGGCUGCGAUGGCAGCGGCUGCUCAAGCGGCGAGCACUCCAACGACGUCGAAACAGGCUUCCGCUUCAACAUCCACUCCAUCCACGUCAGCUGUAGCAUCAGCUCAAACUCCAUCAACCUCAGUACCAUCAACGUCAUCUCAAGCUGCCGCGGCUGCAGCAUCCUCUGCAAAUUCGGGAGAAGACAUUAACCCACUGCUGUUGACUGCAUUGAUGCAAAAUCCGGCGAUUCUUCAAUCGAUGAUGCUUUCGGAUCCGAGCAUUCUAGCGGCGUUAGCUGCUGCUCAGCAGCAACAACAACAACAGCAGCCGUCAGCGAAGAAGUCCAAACAUCCUUGAUUCCUUACUAGAAAUGUUUAAGGUUUUAUCUCUAAUUUGUGUUUCUUUUAUUAUUGCUCAAUUGCAUCAUAUUGAUCCAAUUUAUUUAUUUUUUUUGUUUCAUCAUUUUCACUGAAUCAUCCGGUUUACAGUCCUUAUUUUCCAAAACUUCCAUGUUCAUCCGCACACAUUUUUCUCAUGUAAUGGGUAAUCUACCUGGCCGGGAUUUCACAUUACAAAUCGAAAAAACAAACUGGUGCAAAUCUUUCCCUCUCAGAAAAUUAUCUCUCUAUCUCUUUUUUCAUUUUUCUCUCUCUUUCCAAUCGGGCAACUUUAUUUUUAGACAAGAUGUGAGAUUUUAUGUAUUUUUUGAUUCAACCUACUCUCUCACACCGAAACUCUCCUUCUAUCCAUUCUUGUUUUAUUAAUGUGAUCUCUGGAAUAUACCUAUUAUCUUCAACUCUUCCCCCAUACACAGCCCCCCUUUGACAAUCGAAUAAUUAUUUUAAACAAAUACCAAAAAAGCGAUUGCAAUAAAAAAAAUUAAUUCAAA